UAGGUAACUGUGCAUCAUCUUGGUCCAUAAAGACGUGAUCUUUGUGGGGCUGUACUAGUUAUACUGUCUGAAAAGUUUGACGGAUCUAUUAUGAGGUGAGUGAUCUCUUUCAUAAUUCUGAAGGGUGUGCGGUUACUGUUAACUGAGCUGCACAGAAUGGCAAGAGGAGGCUGCUGAAUCUAAAUAUCAGGCAAAUCCAGUUGAGUGAAUACACUGACACAGGGCCAACGAUGAUGACAGAAGGGGCCAAACCAAACCAGAAAAACCAGAAACAAAAGAGAAAUCCGAUUACAGAGUGGAAUUUCAUAAAUUGGUAAGCCAGAAAGGGAACCAAAUCAUUGAGCCAAAAUAGUUUCCGCUUUCAUCAAGUCAAGAAUCUUUCAAAUCACAGCCAAUCAUCCCAUGUUUCGUUCACGUCGCUGCUGAUAUAACCCCCACAAGUGUGCUGUCGGCGCAAGGUCACUUUCUGUCGGCAUUGUCUGCAUCCGACGAUUGUACACUGAGAGAGCAUUUCUAAUUAAUUUAAUAAAAGUACAACGGAGAUCGAGAGCGUGGUUCUUCUUCUGGGUUUUCAUUGCUUACAGAGUGUCACCACUGAUCACCACCUUUGAAGAAACACAUUGAUUUGGACCUCGCGAGUCUUGUCUUGUCUUGUUUGUAUCAAAGACAGACAACUGCUUCAUAUGGGGGAAUGUGGAUGAAUCUCGAUUUCGGUGAUGGUGCAUUGGAGCCUAAAUCGAAUCCUCGUUGGUAAAUGAAGCUCUGGCUUUCUGAGAUCCUGCCUCAUCAUUUAUCUGGUAACACAGCUCCUCUGAUUUGGACAAAAAAGUGGCUCUCUGUUCAAUUUAUCAACCACAUGCAGAUAAAAUAUCAGUCAAGGAGGUAUACUAACUGCAUGCCUUCUUCAUUUGCAAUAUGUCACAUCUUCAAUCUGAGCUUGAGUUUCACCGUCAAUAGAUUGUGAUCUUCUGCUACAUGUUGGAUUCCAGGUUCUUAUGUGUAUAGAGUCAGCACAAUAUUGAACAGCAGAAUUGCAGUGAUCCCCAUUAUCAGAUGUCAAGAAAUCUUGCAGCAGCGGUUGGAGGAGCUGCAGGAGCCGUGGCAUUGGUAGGGAUAGUUAUACUACUGAUAUGGUUCUGCCUGUUUCACAAGAGCAGUGUUUCUAGAAAUUCAGAGACAGGGUCCUCUGAACCUUCCCAAGUGGGAAGACAUGGUGGGAUAGAGUUAACAGUAAGAGAUGCUAGGCGUUUUGAGAUUGAAGAACUGUUUCACGCUACAAAAAAUUUCAGUGACAAAAAUCUGAUUGGAGAAGGAAAAUUUGGGGAGGUUUACAGGGGUUUACUUCAUGAUGGAAUGCUUGUAGCCAUCAAAAAGCGCCAUGGAUUUCCUAGUCAGGAAUUUGUAGAUGAGGUACACUUCCUCUCAUCCUUUCAACAUCGAAAUCUUGUAACUCUUUUGGGAUACUGCCAGGAAAACAAUCUACAGUUUCUCAUAUAUGAGUACGUGCCUAAUGGGAGCGUCUCCAGUCACUUGUAUGGAGCUGCUCAACAAUCACGUGAUAAGCUGGAAUUCAAGCAUAGACUUUCCAUAGCUCUGGGUGCAGCUAAAGGUUUGGCUCAUCUUCACUCCUUAAGCCCUCGUUUGGUGCAUAAGGAUUUCAAAACAGCCAAUGUUCUUGUGGAUGAAAACUUCAUUCCUAAGGUUGCAGAUGCAGGGCUUCGCAACAUCCUAGGAAGAGUUGAAAUUGCAGGGCCAUCUUCUCAAGCUGCGGCAGAUGAAAUCUUCCUUGCUCCUGAAGUGAGAGAAUUCAGAACAUAUUCUGAAAAGAGUGAUGUAUACAGUUUUGGGGUAUUUUUGCUGGAACUGUUGAGCGGGAGAGAAGCAACUGAAUCACCAUCUUCAGACUCCAAUCAGAAUCUAGUUGAAUGGGUGCAAAGUAAGCAAGACCCUGGGAUUAUGUCAGGCAUAGUUGACGAAAGAAUGGGAAGCAAUUAUACAGCAGAAGCCAUGGAAGAGUUUAUGUCACUGAUAGUUCCAUGUAUUGACAGUUCAAGUGAGAGACGACCUGCAAUGAGCUAUGUGAUGAUGGAAAUUGAUCGAAUACGUGAGAAAGAAAGAAACUUGACGACAGUGAUGGGAGAAAGAACCCCUAUUGUGACCCUUGGAAGCCAAUUAUUUGAAGCUAAAAAAGAAUAAGGUAUUGUGAUCCUAUUUGUUACAUAUUAUAUAAUCUUCUUUUGAUUAUUGUUCUUUAUUAUUUGUUAUGUGGGUGCCAGAGAAUAGGUAGAUCCAGCUGCUUGACAAGUGUAAAAAGAGCAGUUGGAGUUGCACCGUUUUUAUCUGGGCUAAUAAAUAAUUUUUCUGUUUGUUUUUAUUUAUUGUGUUGUAAAUUUUUUUUUUUGGUUGGUAAAUUUAUGAGAUAUAUGUUGUAAACCAUCAUUUGUUGUUCAUAUAAGGGGAAGAUUGGGUUGGUGUGACCAUGACUGGU